GGUUGGCGCUGCUGUUCUUGCCUUCCCGGCAGGAUUGAGUGGGACGGAAAUCCUAGCAAAAGAAAGCCGACCGAUGCCGAUACAAACAAGUGCAGAAGAAUCGCGAGAUCCAGGGAGGGCCCGUUUCCCAUUUGGGACAGGAAAUAUACUAAUCACGUUGCGUGUGGUCAGAAGAGUUUGGAGAGAUCCAGAUGCCUCUUUGAAAAGGAGUUACAAAAAAAAAAAGAGGGCUCUGCAUCCAUGGCUGCACCUUUUCUGCACAUGACUUCCCCUGCGGCGACGGGAAGUUCCGGCCUCUCAGCCAAAUCCUUUGUCGCUUAAGCGUUGCUAAUUACAUCUGGAGAGUUCCUAACAUCGCCCGUGUAAUGGUGAAGCCACUCGAGCAAAAAAAGAAAACCGAAAGAGGAGGGCGCAGCACAACCGGUGCUGAAGUAAACAUAAGAUCUUACCUGGAAAAAAAAAGGUCCCCUAUAACCUUUUGCCCCUGCAAUCAGGAUCAAAACGAUUUGACUCCGACGUGACAACAAACAUAUGUUCUCUCGCUUCCGAAGCAUCUCAAAGUUACCCGACGUCCCGACGAGCUAGGCCAUCAACAACCAUCUCCAUCGGCAUAAGUACUGGGGCGGCAAAGGCACAACAGCCGCAUCCGACAUCAGAUAGGUACCCCCGUCUUGGUUGGCCUUGGCCACCAGCCUAGCACGGUCGGAAUGAUUCGCGUGGAUGACCUCAUCGCCGAGCUCUGCGAGCUGCCGGCCAAAGUCAUCGGCAGGAAGAAGCGCAAGGAAUUCCAGGAGCUGGCCUUCCUGGUCCGGAUGGACUGCGAGGGGUGCGAGCGCAGGGUCCGGAAGGCACUGGAGGGCAUGGAAGGCGUGAGCAGCGUGGAGGUGGACCCGAAGCAGAACAAGGUGACGGUGUCGGGGCAGGUGGAGGCGGCGGAGGUGGUGAGGCGGCUGCGGCGGCGGGCGGGGAAGAAGGCGGAGCCGUGGCCCUUCGUGCCCUACGAGGUGGUGCCGCACCCCUACGCGCCCGGGGCCUACGACAAGAAGGCGCCGCCAGGGUACGUGCGCAACGUCCUCGACGACCCCGACAAGGCGCCGCUCGUCCGGGCCAGCUCCAUGGAGGAGAGGUACACCACCGCAUUCAGCGACGACAACCCAAACUCGUGCGCCGUCAUGUGAUCCCGCGCCGACUCGCCCACUUCCAUCUCGUGUCAUACAAGCUGUGCCUGUACAGUUCCGGAAUGCUUCCUAUCUUUGGUCUGAUAGCUUUGAAAUCUUGUGGCAAAGUCAGUUUUUUACCCUAUGUGGAAGAAUGUUGAGAUGGACUCGGCAUGUGUUGUUUCAACAUGGCCGACCUGGAAUGGUGCGACGAAAACUCCCCUCUGGUUUUGUUUGCUGAAACUAGACAACCAUCAUUGCUCAUAGAAAAGGGUGAAUCAUACUGUGUUGCUCCUGAAGCGAUGGUUACAUUGUUAUGGUGUGAUUAAAAA